CAGACGGUACCGCCCCGCGCGGGCCAAACCCGUCCGUCGGUUGGGUUGUGUGGAGUCGCGCCGCUCCCUCCCACGCAGUGUACUCAGGCGAGGCCAGAGACUCGCUCGCUAUGUCGGCUGCGGAGGCGGGGGGUGUUUUCCACAGAGCCCGGGGCAGGACCCUGGACGCGUUUUCCGCAGAAAAGGAAAGGGAAUGGAAAGGCCCGUUCUACUUCAUCCAGGGUACGGACCCGCAGUUCGGACUGAUGAAGGCCUGGUCCACCGGGGACUGUGACAACAGUGGGGAUGAGUGGGGCCAGGAGAUUCGUCUCACUGAGCAGGCCGUUCAGGCCAUCAACAAGCUGAACCCCAGACCCAGAUUCUUUGUUCUGUGUGGGGACCUCAUCCAUGCCAUGCCAGGGAUGCCCUGGCGGAAGGAGCAGACGGCAGACCUGCAGCGGGUUCUCAGGCACGUGGACAGCGAGAUCCCGCUGGUCCUCGUCAGCGGCAACCACGACGUGGGCAACGUCCCCACCCCCGAGACCAUCGCAGAGUUUCAGCAGACGUGGGGAGAUGACUAUUUCAGCUUCUGGGUUGGGGGCGUCCUGUUCCUGGUCCUCAACUCCCAGUUCCUGUACAACUCCUCCGGGUGCCCUGCCUUGAAGCAGGCCCAGGACACGUGGCUGGAUCAGCAGCUGGGCCUCGCGAAGCAGCGCAGGUGCCAGCACGCCAUCGUCUUCCAGCACAUCCCGCUGUUCCUCCAGAGCAUCGACGAGGACGACAACUACUUCAACCUCACCCGGGCCAUUCGGAGGGAGGUGGCCGACAAGUUCACCAGAGCAGGUGUCAAAGCUGUAUUCUCAGGCCACUACCACAGAAAUGCCGGGGGCACCUACCAGAACCUUGAAAUGGUGGUGUCGUCUGCCAUCGGAUGCCAGUUGGGCCAAGACCCCCAUGGGCUCCGAGUCGUGGUGGUCACUGCUGAGAAAAUCAUUCAUCGGUACUACAGUUUAGAUGAGCUGAGUGAGAGAGGAAUAGAAGACGACCUGAUGAAUUUGUUGAAGAAAAAAUGAUUGCUGUUUAUGGUCCAUUCACUUUUCCUUCCCCAGUUUUUUCUCUUCAUUUUGCCAGAAACAGCAGCUGCACACAACCACUUACUGAAUAUAAAAGUAUACCAGGCAGAUCUGUGAAUUUAUGUCCUUUCGCGUAAGUCAGAGAGCUGGGUCCGAUCCCAAAUUAUAUUUGAAAGAGAACUGCCUUCCCUUUGAAAAAGAGAAGGGGUGGGGUUGGAGGCUGGGAAUAAAAGAAUAAAUGAUAAUGGAAUAUCUCUGCAUGGGUGUCUGAGUGACUCUUCCUGUCGAUGUGUUUCUCAGCUUUCUGGAGUUCUCUGCUUUUGAAUUAGAUUGUUUUCAGGUAGCACUUAGCGAAAUGUUUACCAGCGGAUCUCAAUCCCAACUCGAUAUUCACGUGCAAUCUUUGAUAAUUCCUCGAACAAACUGCAUCUGAGCGUUUUAAAUUGUGGUCAUGGCUCCAUACCUGGCAAAACAGAGGUCAUCCCUUUUCUCUCCCAACAAGACAAACAGUGUGUGCCAUGGCCAGAGCCAUGUAGGCUCAUUUUAACAAGGAGCCGAGUAGCCAACAUGUGCUGUUAAAUUCUGAGACUUCUAUGAUUGCUGAUGGUGCAGUUGAUACAAGUCAGAGCUUGAGUUGGCCCUCCUGGAGACUAGAAACGUCACCUUUGCACAUAAAUUAGCCAUAUGUAAAAAUCUCAUCCACGGGAUUGGAAGCAGAGCCCUAAAGUCAUUCGGCAGCUCGUCCCGAGUUCAUUGCCAUUCCCAUUCGAUGCUGCCGUAACUGCAGGUUGGUGCCCUCGUGCGGUCAGAAUGACCCUCCAUCCAUGAGACUCUUUACUGUGUCCACUUGGACGGAAGAAGCAAGAAUCGAUGCAGAGUCUCACAAGCAAAAAAGCAGAAAUUCCGGUGGGGUUUUUAAAAACUUCUUUCAGCCACGUUGUUUUAGUUGGUGCCAACUCCGAUUAAAUUCACCAGUGCAGUGGAGCGUGGAUGGUUAAAGUCAGCAUUGUUUUCAUACAGUCUGCUUUGCUGCGUCUUCUUGGCAACUCCCGACCACAGUGUCAUUUCACCCAUGUCGUCUUUUUCAGCAGUCAUCCUGGUGGACAAGGAGCCUAGGUAUUCCCAAUCCUGCCAGAACGUCUCACAGCGCCACGCAAUAGCAUUCAGUCAUCUUAAAACACCAGUAACAACCGACUGGGUACCGAUGAACUGCAAAGUCCAUUUAAAUUAAGACUUUCUUGUGAAAAAGUUGUAGUCGACAUAGCAAAACCACGAGAAAUUAAAUAGGAAGAUAAUUGGAUAUGUAAAUUCAUAAAGAACAAAAGACAAGAAGUUAAUUAUACCACCGAUGGUGACAUACCGUAGCUCAUUGUUAUGCGGCACAGGAAGAUUAAAAUUUUUUCAAAUUAGAAUGCUCUUUAGUGUUUUGCUGCGUUCUUGCUUUGUAUUCAUUUUCCUUUACAACAGGUGUGGAUAUAAGUUCAAGAAGAGGAAGUCAGUAAGUGGCAUCAUAAGUAAUAAGCCACAUGUUUGCUGCCUGGGAUAUCGUAACACUGAGGGUGAGCUGCCACCACCGUGUACCAGGAUCAUAAACAGACGUGGAGCUCCGGGGGGCGGGGGGGAUCGGCAAGAGUUCGGUCACUGUGGCCUGAUGGAGCCAUCUUUGUCGCGUACGUGUGCAAAUUGCUUUGGACUGUGGCACUUGAGUUUUGGAGAGGAACCAGAGAUAAUUAACAGCAAUGGAAAUGAACCUCACUAAGUCUUCCCUAGAAACCUCGGAAGUAAAAGAACUGAUUCAAAACUCAGCAAGAAUAUGCUAAGAAUAGGGAGUCAUAUGAAAUUUUAAAGUAACCAAACAGCAGUAUUCCCCAACGGUAAGAGCAUUUAAAGUGAGGAA